AUGUUCAAGCAUCCUACGAACUGCUCCAGGUUUUGCAUCGGUCGACGGGGUUACCACCAGGGUGGCGAUGGGAACAUUGGCGCUGCCGAAAUUCGCCAACCAGCGCUGCAUAACCGUGCCGUGGAUGGCAACGCGGCAGAAGAACGUGCGGAUCCUGCCUGGGUGGAGUUGGGUUGUGAUCGGGAUGGCAUCUGUGUGAUGGAUCACAAGGGACAACUUUCCUGCCUCUACUCACCCUGUGACGACUGCCCCUCGGGAGCCACCUGCAUGACAUUUCCCGAUGAGUUCAAAGAUGAGAAGCGCAUUCCGUACUGCGCUUGCCCUCAAGGCUAUGGGAUAACCCCGACCAAGUGUGUCAAGGGUGGCACUUCCACCGUCUCUUCAACCAGCUACACACUCAUCGUAGACCGAAGGGCCCCGGGCGAUGCGUCGCAGCCGUAUACGUUUCGCCCCAACCUGAAUGCCAGCACUCAAUACCCGGAGGCAGUGCGUGGGAAAUACACGACCCUGUAUAGUGUCGAGAACACCGAGGACGCUCCACGAUGUCAGCAUUACAAGUUUUACUCAGCAGACAACUGUGCAGGCGAUCCUGCGGACGAGAUUGACAACUCAAACUCGCCGUUUUAUCUUUACUACUUCGAGGACAACCCUGUACCCUUUUCUAAGUACACGUUCCGCUCAGUCAUGUGCUCUACGGAGUAG